AUGGAAAAGCUCAAAUAUUUGACUCUUGCCGCUGCUUCUCCUUACAUCAAUCGAACGCGUUACAUUGAUCCAACAAAAGCUUCCAUCGAGAGGAUUUCUGGUCAGAAAUGUGUUGAAGAGUGGAAACAAGAGUUUCAAGGGAAGAUAUUGGUUUCAACACAUUCACAUGUUGUUCGGGUUACAAGGAUUGCCGAAAAUAUUAUUGGUGCAAUGCAUACAGAGAUCAAUAAAAUGAGGUCUAUUUCUGAGGAUAUUUCUCAAUAUGGCUUUGUGCGUCGUGUUUGGUUGUGUAUGACCCGAAAGCUACCACCUUCUUUGUCUCAUUUGGAUGAAUUGAAUUGGGAGAUUUUGAUUGUGACCGGUGAUGAUGUUACUGAUUAUUUUGCUAUAGUUUGCUCGGGAGGGAAGAUUAUUGCAUCCACUGCUCUCAUUGAGCUUCAUUCAAGUGAUGUAGAGUUAGCAACUAUGCUUGCACAUGAGGUUGCGCAUAUUAUGGCUCGGCAUGGAGUUGAAAUGUGUACAAAGGUCGAGUUGAUUUCUAUGAUAGACUGUGUGCUUAAUCUAUUUGUCCUCAUUGAUUUUUACGAAACAUGUGAAUUUGAAGCGGAUUACAUUGGGCUUCUACUAAUGGCAGCCGCUGGCUAUGAUCCCCGGCAAGCUCCUAAGUUCUAUGAGAAGAUGACAAUGUUUGACGAGCCUGUAAAAUUUCCUUUGCUUGCAAGGUUUUUAGAUAGCCAUCCAUCAAGUAAAGAAAGAGCGAAAGCAGUGGCUCGACCUGAGAUAAUGCAGGAAGCUCUUAUUUUGUAUAAAGAUGCAAGAGGCAGGCGUGGGGUUGAAUGA